AUGCCCAAGAAUGAUCGUCUCGCAGUUUACGGCGACGCUGCAGCUGCAGCCUACUUGUGCAGCCUCUGGGUCAAGGGAGGACUCCCGAAACCUGGCAUUCAAGAUUGCUGGACCACGCUCCGCCGCGACCUCAUCAGCAAUGAUAACUUGACUAGAGUUGGAAGGGAGCGCGGUCUUCACAAGUGCAUUAACAUGAACGGAGGAACUACUAGGGUCAGUUCCGGGAUGGUCGCGACGGCUGUCGAAGCUAUUCUCGGGGCCGUCGAAAUGGACGGCGAUCGCGAUGCUCUCGCCCGAGUCAUGAAGCAUCUUGGUCUCACGGAGCAUGCUCUCCUCGGAUCGGUAAAGUUAUUCCCCUUUGACAACCCAACUCCCUUGAUCUGUAUAGGUGCCUUCGCAGCCGCCAUUGAAUUCCCCCGUGACAUCGACCUGUGA